GCCCGACCCGCCGGGGCUCGGGUUACCAGUGACUGACAGCGUCUCCAUGGCGAAUAAUUUGACUCCGACUAUUGUCUGGCGCGGGCAGGCCCCGGGUCAGAUAACCAGACCAAUCAGGGCGCGGGCCGCCGCGCCUCAUGCCCGCUUAGAAUAAUAUUAUUAAAAAAGCAGCGAGCGAGCUAGACGGGAGGGAGAGCGAGAGAGAAACGAGCGAGGGAGCGGCGGGCGGGCGCGGAGCAUGCGGAGCGGCGCCCCGGGCGACCCCCGGGCUUGGACGAGGGCGCAGGCGAGGCGCGAAGGCGGCGGGGGCGCGGAGGAGCGCGGCAGCUGCGGCCGGCGCCGGGACGGGCUGCAGUGACUCGGAGUUCGCCGGGAGACCGCGCGGGGCCGGAGGGGCAGCCCCGCCCGCCUCUCGGCGCGGACGGCCCGGCGGGGAGGCGCCCAUGCCGGACAGCGCAGCGCGGUGAGGGCGCGCGCGGGCGGGCGGGGGCGCAGCCGGCACCAUGUCCAUGCUGCCAACCUUCGGCUUCACGCAGGAGCAAGUGGCGUGCGUGUGCGAGGUGCUGCAGCAGGGCGGCAACAUCGAGCGGCUGGGCCGCUUCCUGUGGUCGCUGCCCGCCUGCGAGCACCUCCACAAGAAUGAGAGCGUGCUCAAGGCCAAGGCGGUGGUGGCCUUCCACCGCGGCAACUUCCGCGAGCUCUACAAGAUCCUGGAGAGCCACCAGUUCUCGCCGCAUAACCACGCCAAGCUGCAGCAGCUGUGGCUCAAGGCGCACUACAUCGAGGCGGAGAAGCUGCGCGGCCGGCCCCUGGGCGCCGUGGGCAAAUACCGCGUGCGCCGCAAGUUUCCGCUGCCGCGCUCCAUCUGGGACGGCGAGGAGACCAGCUACUGCUUCAAGGAAAAGAGUCGCAGCGUGCUGCGCGAGUGGUACGCGCAUAACCCCUACCCCUCACCGCGCGAGAAGCGCGAGCUGGCCGAGGCCACUGGCCUCACCACCACGCAGGUCAGCAACUGGUUCAAGAACCGGCGGCAGCGCGACCGGGCAGCGGAGGCCAAAGAAAGGUACGAGGAGAACAGCGAGAACUCCAACUCCAACAGCCACAACCCGCUGGCUGCGUCGCUCAAUGGCAGCGGCAAGUCGGUGCUAGGCAGCUCGGAGGACGAGAAGACGCCGUCGGGGACGCCAGACCACUCGUCGUCGAGCCCCGCUCUGCUGCUCAGCCCGCCGCCGCCCCCUGGGCUGCCGUCCCUGCACAGCCUGGGCCACCCUCCCGGCCCCAGCGCCGUACCCGUGCCGGUGCCAGGCGGAGGCGGCGCGGACCCGCUGCAGCACCACCAUGGCCUGCAGGACUCCAUCCUCAAUCCCAUGUCGGCCAACCUCGUGGACCUGGGCUCCUAGAGCCCCGCCUGCCUCGACGCGCUCGCCUUCCAGGCUUGGCGCUGGGGACCGCAGAGACAAUGUCGGGAGGGCGCCCUGUGCCGGCGGCCCCAUCAGGUACUGAAAGUCCCACUCGCUGAGCGGGCAGAACGGCCGGCUGAACUGCCGGCGGGGGCAGGGUGGAUGGCUCUUCGGUUUGGCCUUCGUCUGGGAUUUGUUUUCAACAAGUUGCUUCUGAGAUCGUUUUGGAGGCCUGGGAUCCGGCCUUGAACCUGGGAAGGGAAUAAAUUAUACACCAUUCUCAUAUUCUCUCUCCAGACCUUCUCAUCCCUUUUAUCCUUUUCCCUUCCCUGCUCUUUCUUCCAGUUCCUUUCCCUUCCUUCUCUCAUGUCCUCUCUCCGUCCCCUUCUUGCUUUCCCUGGUCCCGAUCCCUCCAUAUUUCUGGCUUGUCACCCCUCAGUAUGUUUUUGUUUCUCUAUUUCUGUUUUUCUAUCUCUCCUCUGGCCGGCCCCUUGCUCUCCUGGCCCCAAGAUCUGUACCCCCGAGCCUUUCUCCUCCUUCCGGGAAGUCUUUUUGCAUCCUCCUAACUCGCUUUCCCGGGUGGACGUGGCAGGGGAAGAGCAGAGGAACCAGGCCUUUUCCAGAGGCCCUCCCCAAGGUUCAGUGGGGCUGCAGGUGUCCGCUCCGCGCCUAAUAACUUAAGCGAAAGAGAAAGGACCGGGGUGCUGGGGACUCGGAGCGGCGCCCUUGCCGCUUGCCCCUCUGUUUCUCUCCAGUGAGGCCCGCCGCGUUCUCUCCUCUUCCUCCCGGGGCUGGGGCCACAGUGCUCCGGCAGAGUGUGCCUCCCGAGCCGCGGACUUGCCGUCUCCCUGUUACGCCCUCAUGUGAAUGUUCUUCGGGAAAUAUUUCUGCUUUUAUUUUAUAAUAAAAUUAGAAAUCAUAAAUAUA